AUGUGGACUACGGGUAGAAUGAGCAAUGCAAAGAGCCGGCUUGGACUUGGCACGUCCUUGUACUUCUGGGCACUGAUGGACCUUACAACGACCGUUCUCUCCAGCACUCCAAUGCCAGGAGUUCAACUAGAAACGCUCUUCCCAGACAGGCAACAGUCACAUCAGCGAAGCAAGAGGAGCUGGGUUUGGAAUCAGUUUUUUGUGCUAGAAGAGUACACUGGGACUGACCCUUUGUAUGUUGGCAAGCUUCAUUCAGAUAUGGACAGAGGAGAUGGAUCCAUCAAAUACAUCCUUUCAGGAGAAGGAGCAGGCAUUGUGUUUACUAUUGACGACACCACUGGGGACAUCCAUGCCAUUCAGAGGCUGGACCGAGAGGAAAGAGCCCAAUACACUUUAAGGGCUCAAGCCCUAGAUAGGCGGACAGGUCGGCCAAUGGAGCCAGAAUCAGAGUUCAUCAUCAAAAUCCAAGAUAUCAAUGACAAUGAGCCCAAGUUCCUGGACGGACCUUACAUUGCCACUGUGCCAGAAAUGUCACCAGUAGGUACCUCUGUUAUCCAAGUGACAGCCACAGAUGCUGAUGAUCCAACCUAUGGGAACAGUGCCCGGGUAGUGUACAGCAUUCUCCAGGGCCAGCCAUAUUUUUCUGUGGACUCCAAAACAGGUGUAAUCAGAACAGCACUCAUGAACAUGGACAGAGAAGCCAAAGAAUACUAUGAAGUGAUUAUCCAAGCCAAGGAUAUGGGAGGGCAGCUUGGAGGAUUAGCUGGGACCACAACGGUCAACAUCACCCUCUCAGAUGUCAAUGAUAACCCACCCCGAUUUCCCCAGAAACAUUAUCAGAUGAGUGUGCUGGAAUCAGCUCCAAUUAGCUCCACUGUAGGGAGAGUGUUUGCCAAGGACCUGGAUGAAGGAAUCAAUGCAGAGAUGAAGUAUACUAUUGUGGAUGGAGAUGGUGUAGAUACUUUUGAUAUUAAUACAGACCCAAAUUUCCAAGUUGGCAUCAUAACUGUGAAGAAGCCCCUAAGUUUUGAAAGCAAGAAAAGCUACACUCUGAAGGUGGAAGGAGCCAAUCCUCACCUAGAGAUGCGUUUUCUGAACCUUGGCCCAUUUCAGGACACGACAACAGUGCACAUCAGUGUGGAGGAUGUGGAUGAGCCCCCUGUGUUUGAACCUGGCUUUUAUUUUGUGGAGGUGCCUGAGGAUGUGACAAUUGGAACAACCAUACAGAUUAUUUCUGCCAAGGACCCAGAUCUGACCAACAACUCAAUCAGAUACUCCAUCGACAGAAGCAGCGACCCUGGGAGGUUUUUCUAUGUUGACAUUACAACAGGUGCUCUAAUGACUGCAAGACCACUAGACAGAGAAGAGUUUUCUUGGCACAAUAUAACAGUCCUUGCUAUGGAAAUGAACAAUCCCUCCCAAGUGGGAAGUGUUGCUGUCACAAUCAAAGUCUUAGACGUGAAUGACAAUGCUCCAGAGUUUCCCAGAUUCUAUGAAGCCUUUAUCUGUGAGAAUGCCAAGGCUGGACAGCUCAUCCAGACAGUGAGUGCCGUGGAUCAAGAUGACCCUCACAACGGUCAGCAUUUCUACUACAGCUUGGCUCCUGAGGCUGCUAACAACCCCAACUUCACUGUCAGGGACAACCAAGAUAAUACUGCUCGGAUUCUAACCAGGAGAUCCGGCUUUCGGCAGCAGGAGCAGAGCGUCUUCUACCUGCCCAUCCUCAUAGCAGACAGUGGACAGCCAGUUCUCAGCAGUACCGGCACACUUACCAUCCAAGUGUGCAGCUGCAAUGAAGAUGGCCACGUCAUGUCCUGCAGCCCAGAAGCCUACAUGCUCCCAGUCAGUUUGAGCCGGGGUGCUCUCAUCGCCAUCCUGGCCUGCAUCUUCGUCCUCUUAGUGCUGGUGCUGCUCAUCCUGUCCAUGAGGCGGCACCGGAAACAGCCCUACAUCAUCGACGAUGACGAGAACAUCCACGAGAACAUUGUGCGCUACGACGACGAGGGGGGCGGCGAGGAGGACACGGAGGCCUUCGACAUCGCGGCCAUGUGGAACCCGCGCGAGGCGCAGGCGGGCGCCGCCCCCAGGACGCGGCAGGACAUGCUCCCCGAGAUCGAGAGCCUCUCCCGCCACGUGCCUCAGACGUGCGCGGUCAGCAGCACGGUGCACAGCUACGUGCUGGCCAAGCUCUACGAGGCCGACAUGGACCUGUGGGCCCCGCCCUUCGACUCCCUGCAGACCUACAUGUUUGAGGGGGACGGCUCUGUGGCGGGCUCGCUCAGCUCCCUGCAGUCGGCCACCUCGGACUCCGAGCAGAGUUUCGACUUCCUCACAGACUGGGGGCCCCGCUUCCGGAAACUCGCAGAACUCUACGGGGCGUCGGAGGGGCCUGCGCCCGUGUGGUGACGGAAGCCCGGAGGCAAACGC